AAGAUAAUUUUGUUGUUUUAGUGUCAGUAAAAUGUUUACCAAUGUUUGUUGUGUGGUAUUGGCGAGACGGUUGUUUCGUCCUGUACAUAUUGAUAUACAUAAUAUCCGAAACAUAAAUACAAGCCGACAGACACUAAGUUCUUUCUACGAAAGCGAUAGGAAAAGCGGCUACACGAAAUCGGAUAAGAAAGUUUCGCGUCUAGAGCUUAUUCGCAAUGGACUUAAAGAACUUAAAAAAGAAAUAUUUAUUUGGAAAGAUGAAAUAAAGGAGAAGUUAGAAAGUGAUCCGAUCCUUAUAUACAGACCAGGAGAAACAGAUAUCUUAUGGAAAUUUGACUCGCCACAUAUCUUGCAUCAGUGGGUUACGACAGCUGAUAGUGAUCACAAAGAAGGGUAUAGUAAAUGUGAUUUGAACAUCAGUGCUGAUGGGACAGCUGUCUUCUCAGGUUCUCUCAGUUGUGAAGUUCCAAAAGAUGGUCGAAUAAAGAAGUCUGGAUACUGCAAUAUGAAAUCAGUGCGCCCACAGAAAUCAUUUAAAAGGGAUGCAUACUACAACUGGUGCAUGUACACGCAUUUAGUACUGAAAGUGCGAGGUGAUGGACGUACUUAUAUUUUAAACUUAUCUACUGCUGGGUACUAUGACAUAAUGUGGAAUGACAUGUACACAUAUGUCUUACACACUCGUGGUGGCCCAUAUUGGCAGCUUACAAAGAUACCUUUUUCAAAGUUCAUUCUUGCAAGCAAAGGACGUCUGCAAGACAAGCAAUGCCCUAUUCCACUGGACAAAGUUACAAAUGUGGGAAUAUCUCUUGGAGACAAAAUUAAUGGUCCUUUCAGUUUGGAACUGGAUUAUAUAGGUUUGGAGUUCGACCCAUCACACACAGAAGAAUUUGCUUAUGAAAUGUAUCAAACUCCUAAAUUUCUUGUGGGUUCAUAAUAGGUGUUUUUUCAAUAAAAAAAUUUAAAUGUGUGCAACCUUUGACCUUUGUGUCAGUGUGUCCGCAGCUUGUGU